AUGAGCAACCGUUGGAUUCAACCUGGGGACAAUGUCGACAUUACCAACGAGCGCAAAAAAUGCACCUUCGAUAUCGAGAAAAUGUCCGCCUUCAUCCAUGGCGGAGAGGAUAAACUACAGGUAUCUUUUAGACCUGUUCAAUUUUUUCUAGGAAUAAAACUUUUUUCUGCUCAAUGGAUAAAUCAAAAUAGGGGCAGACUUAUAAUUUCGAAACAAAUUUUGUGGAAAUCACAAUAUUUUCACCAUUAUUGUUUCUGGAAACUAACAACAUCUUCUACAAAAGUUUUAUCUUUUUCUUCCGAAUUCUCAUAAUUUGAUCGGAAAAGUAUCAAAUGAGGCAACGCUUUUAAACAAUGAUCCAUGGAUUGAAAAAAUUUUGACUAUAUAAUUGUACAAUUCUGAGAUAUUUUUUCAAAGCGAACUUGAAAUUGAAAGGGAGGUGUCAAUUGGGUUACUUCUUCAAUUCUCACAUAGGAAUGUCGAACUUUUGCAGAGACGUCGAGAAAUAUUGGAAUAUGUGAAGAGCAACAAAUCGCUGGGUGAUCCUCAACCUAUUGAAUUUAUGACUCGUAACGAAAGAGUAGAAAACGCGUCCAGAAAAGUAAGACAAUUUUUAUUCAGUCUUUCACACGAUUUAUUUUCUCAGAUUGUUGAAAUGACCAACAACACGGAUCAAAUUGAUGGUUCAGACUUUUUCGGCGAAGGAAUGUACUACCAAGCGUAAGUUUUUUCUUUUUUUUUUUCAUUUUCUUGAUAAUCGAACAUUGCUUUACUUUUGGUUGUUUCAGUCUCACGAUGGGUCGUGAUUUGCACGCCAUGUCUUUGCACUACGUGAUGUUCAUUCCAACGCUUCAGGGUAUGUUUUGUUGUUUUAUCAAAUUUUAAUGGCGCUUAUCAGCCAAAGAGCAGUACGUGCAAAUUUAUGAAUUUUCUCUACCGGUCAAAAAAUCGCAAAAUUUUCUUACUGUAUUUCAAAGAAUUGAGUCAACUCAAAUUUCUGCUCACUUUUCUCUUUUUCUGGAAUCGAAUUUAAAUAGCAGUGUUCAAAGUUUUGAAAGAGUUUCAGGUCAAACCGAUGACGAACAACUUGAUCACUGGCUGUCUCUGGCGAUCGCCAGGGCCAUCGUAGGCACCUACGCUCAGACCGAGCUUGGACAUGGAACAAAUCUUUCGAAACUGGAAACCACGGCUCAUUACGACCCGAAAACGGAAGAAUUCGUUCUCAACUCUCCGACAAUCACAGCUGCAAAGUUUGUACUUUCAUUUAUAGAAGACAAGACUUAGUCCUCAGAUGGUGGCCAGGAGCUCUUGGAAAGUCUUCAAAUUAUGCAGUUGUUGUGGCUCAGCUGUACACACAAGGAGAAUGCAAAGGACCCCAUCCUUUCAUUGUUCAGCUCCGAGAAAUGGACACGCACAAACCAUUGAAAGGUUUUUUUUGCUUGUCGGGACAGUUAGAAUAGCAAAUAUAUUAAGGAAUCACAUUGGGAGAUAUUGGACCGAAACUCGGUAUCAACGGCAGUGACAAUGGAUUCCUUCUUUUUGACCAUGUGCGAAUCCCGAGAAGACACAUGCUGAUGAGAUACUCCAAAGUAAGAAAAAAUAAAAUUACGUACCAAAUGCAAUUUUUUAUUAUUCUUAGGUCCUGCCGGACGGCACUUACAUUAAGCCACAACACUCCAAACUAGGCUACGGUACUAUGGUCUUUGUCAGGUAAUCAUGAUUUGUUCUUCCAAGACUAUAUAUCGUUUGAAGAUCGAUAAUGAUCAAAGACCAAGCAUCCCAACUUGGAGCAGCUUCCACCAUUGCUAUCAGAUAUGCAUCCGUAAGAAGACAAGGCGAAAUCAUUCCCAAGUGAGUUCUUUAUUGGCUCCGAAGUUAAAAUUGUUCACUCAGCUCGGGAGAAGUUCAAAUUCUCGACUAUCAAACGCAACAAUACCGGUUGUUCCCUCAACUAGCGAGAGCUUUUGCUUUCCUUUUUGCAGCGUAUGAGAUCCGAGAUCUUUACAUGAAGGUAUUUUUUUUCUAAAAACUUCAACUUUACGAAUGCUUACAGGUCACAGAGCAACUGACUCAUGGAAACACGGAACUUCUGCCGGAAAUUCACGCUUUAUCAUCCGGACUGAAGUCGGUUGUCUCGUGGGACACAGCUCAAGGAAUUGAACAGUGCAGAUUAGCCUGCGGUGGUCACGGAUACUCUCAGGUAUUCGGUCUACCGGAGUACAGAAAAAAAACUGCAACUUAGGCUUCGGCGUUCCCAGAAAUAUAUGGAUAUGCCGUUGGAGGAUGUACUUAUGAAGGCGAAAACAUUGUCAUGCUGCAGCAAGUAGCCAGGUAAAUCAGGAGAAACUUUGUGAGAGUUCAACGAACCUUCAGAUUUUUGAUGAAAGCGGCAGAAGAGGUCAAGAAGGGCAGUGCAAAUCUCGCCGAAAUUUGUGCUUACAUUGGCCGAAAAGGAGAACAACAUUCUCGGUGGAAUCUCGUCGUCUGAUAAUAUGAUAACUUUCUGUAGAUUCACAUCUGUGGACUCCUACAGAGAUGAAGACAUCGUCAGCGACUUGGAGUACGUAGCUCGACAACAGGUUGGGACUUCAUAUUACCCUUAUUCUUGAACUUAUUCUAGAAGUUAAUCUUUUCAGGUGUUCCGCGCAUACGAAAAGCUGAGAAAGGCACAGCAGCAAGCAAACAGCGAAACUGCUUGGAAUAGCUGCUCCGUGGAGCUUUGCAAAACUUCCAGGGUGAAAUUGACGGUCAUAUCGAACAAAAGAAAUGUUGAUUUCAGUGGCACGUGCGGCUGUACCUCGUGAAAAACUUCCUUGCGAAGGUUUCAACUGCUCCUUCUGACCUGAGAGCUGUUCUCCACGACGUCGCCCGACUCUACGCUUUCGAUAUAAUCACUUCUUCCAGCGGAAACUUCUAUGAGGUGAUUUUGUACUACCUCUUCUAAACUAAGAAAAAUAUCCACUUUUCUUUAUUUUUGUUUUGACAUCACUUCUUGAUCGAGAAAUCUUUAAUAUUAUAGAAUGGUUACAUGCGGGAAGAUCAAAUGAACGAGAUUCGGGAAGGAGUUUAUAAGUGAGUUUUUCUUUUCUUUUUUUUUUAGCUAAACUUUUCUAAUUUCCAGAUGCCUACACCGCAUCCGACCAAACGCGGUUUCUUUGGUCGACAGUUGGGACUACGAUGACCGAGAACUCAAAUCUGUUUUGGGCAGAAGAGACGGAAACGUCUAUCCGGCGCUCCUUGAAUGGGCCAAGCAAAGUCCUCUCAACAAAACUGAAGUAGAGAGAAUACAAUUUUUUCUAUUUACCUUUUCCUUUUUUCCAGGUUCUGCCAACUUUCGACAAAUACCUCGGACCAAUGAUGCGGGAAGCGAAAUCAAAGCUUUGA